AUGCCUUCAGACGGAAAUUUUGGUGUGUUUGCACUCUCAAAGACUAGCGAGAACCCGAUUUUUGCAACCCCACAGGUGGAUGGCCUUGGUCGAGAACCGCGGCAGCGGAAACGACACGCAAAGUCUCGCGCAGGAUGCUUGUCAUGUAAAUCUUCUAGAGUCAAGUGCGAUGAGGUCCGGCCUUCCUGCGCGAGGUGCUCUGCCAGGAAUAUACCGUGCCAAUAUGAGUUUGGCAUUAUGGCUAUGUUGCCAAAGUUCUCACGGCAACAAAUCAACAGUCAAAGACUCGGUGUGGGCUCCGUUCCCAAGACACUCGGACUCGGUCUCGAUUUAUCCAGUCUACAGCUCAUGUAUCAUUUUGACCACUGCACAGCGCCAACUCUUGCUUUCGGCAGUUUGAACGAAGUUGUCAUGCACGCCAUCUUAAUGAUCUCGGCAUCUCAUCAGCGAAGCCUUUGGCCCGACAACGCUGAACAUAAUAAGUCAUUGGCAUAUCAUCUGGAUCUUACCCUCUCUGGGUUCAGAGACCUUUUAUCGCAAGGCACAGACGGUUUCAAUCAUGAUAUUAUUAUCGCUUGCGCCAUGCUUCUCGUGCACUAUGCUUGGUCCAUGCCAUUCUUUGCAUACGGAGAUGAGAAGAUCCAUUUGGAAGGCGAACCCGACAGACUACUCAAGUUUGCGGCUGGUCUUAAGACGGUCAUGAAGACUAUGAAGGAAGACAAGAGGUACACAAGCGGUAUCUUCAAGGCUCCUAUGUCUUAUGACAGUAUCGAUGAGUUUCAGCAAUUUGAAGCAUCGCUUGGGGACACAUUUGUUUUUGACGAUGUGUUCUUCAGCGCACGAACAAUGGCUUUGAGUGGCAUGGAUGGAUGCUGUAUAGGGGGUGAAAGCUUCAACGCCUGCGACCGACUGACUCCGCUUCUCAGAACCAUGCAUGCCGUAUCCAAGGGCAGGGUUAUCCACCAUUUGCUACCUCAGAUACAGGUGUACACUCUUUUCUGGCCUGCUAAAGCAUCCAAGGAUUUUGAAGAAGACGUUGCGGAAAACCAGACCGAGGCUCUAGUCAUCAUGCUCUGCUUUUACGCAACUGCUUGGCGGCUUCUAUCAGAAGACGUCUGGUGGGCAAAAACUCGCACAAAAGUCAUGUGUGAAUCUAUAUAUGAAUACUUGGAUAAAAAUAGAGAUCCAAAAUGGGAGGCAGACAUUGAGAACAUCCGCCGCUAUUUUGGAUUCUCGCCGAAUGGUAAUGGUGGGUGGGCAAUCGGAAGUCCGGGAGCUCAUUUCUCUGAGUAG